AUGUGGGUGCCCCCGAAGUGGGCCAUUGGAGGCACUUCCACUGUGGAACGGAAGAACAAGAAGGGCUCCGAUCGCUGCGCCCUGACAGCCCUCCCAUGGGCUCUGCUCGUCCUGCGGCUCCGGCCGGGCCUGGGCACCAGCACCGUGGACAGCUCCCGGUCCCGGGCUGCGGGGGUGGCCGCGCCAAGGCUCUCGCGAGUGCGGGCACUGGAUCCAGUGGGAGUCUCGCGAGAGAGGCCGCCCGGCAGGACGCGCGCGUGUGCGCGCCCCGGAGCCAGCCGCGGACGCGCGCUCCCGCUCCACCCCGCCCCGGAGCGGCUCGCGGCCGGUCCCGCGCCGCAUUCUCCGCGCCUCGCAGCUCAGCGCAGCGCGGCGGCCUCUCCGCACAGCCGGCCGGCCGCGGCGGUUCGAGACAAAAGGCUUGGGCAGGCUGCUGGACCAGCUGGUGCCACCAUGGCCGAGAAAGUGAACAACUUCCCCCCGUUGCCCAAGUUCAUCCCACUGAAGCCCUGUUUCUACCAAGACUUCGAGGCGGACAUUCCACCCCAGCACCUCAACAUGACCAAGCGCCUCUACUACCUCUGGAUGCUGAACAGCGUCACGCUGGCCGUGAACCUGGUGGGCUGUCUCGCAUGGCUGAUCGGAGGCGGGGGAGCCACCAACUUUGGCCUCGCCUUUCUCUGGCUCGUCCUCUUCACACCCUGCUCCUACGUCUGCUGGUUUCGGCCCAUUUACAAGGCCUUCAAGACUGACAGCUCCUUCAGCUUCAUGGCGUUCUUCUUCACCUUCAUGGCCCAGCUGGUCAUCAGCAUCAUCCAGGCUGUGGGCAUUCCUGGUUGGGGAGUCUGCGGCUGGAUCGCCACCAUCGCCUUCUUCGGGACAAACGUGGGCUCUGCGGUGGUGAUGCUUAUUCCCACCGUCAUGUUCACGGCCGUGGCCGUCUUCUCCUUCAUUGCCCUCAGCAUGGUUCAUAAAUUCUACCGGGGCAGUGGGGGCAGCUUCAGCAAAGCCCAGGAGGAGUGGACCACGGGGGCGUGGAAGAACCCCCACGUGCAGCAGGCGGCACAGAACGCAGCGAUGGGGGCGGCCCAGGGAGCCAUGAGCCAGCCGCAGACUCAGUACCCCGCCACCCCGAGCUACACAUACUCCAACGAGAUGUGA